AUAUUAAUAUAUAAUGCUAUUAUUAUAAAUGCAGUUUCCUUAUUUCUCCACGCGGCGCCGCUGUUGAUCCAUCAUAAGCAGCAGCUCAGCUGCUUCAUAAAAUGAAGCUCCUCCUGUUUUUUAGGAGUACAUCUCCUCAUUCUUUGUUAUAAAGACACAGAGGGUGGUGGAAGAAACACGUUAACAUAAUACAUCAAGCUUAAAGCUUUUAUUGUAUUUGCUUUUUUCAUUUUUAUUAUUUGGAGCAUCAUUUGAUCUCUGACUCUAGAAAGGAAAUGAAUUUUGCUUUUGAAAGGAACAAUUCUGGGAUGUAUUUAUGGAUUUUUCUGCUGAAAUGUUGCUGCCAAAUGGUGGCUGGGCAGCUCUCUUAUUCCGUCUUUGAGGAGGUAGACCCAGGGACUUCUGUUGGGAAUAUCGCAAAGGAUCUAAACCUCAGUCCACAGGAUUUGGAAUCCCGCAUGUUUCAGAUUGUUGCUGGAUCUAAGGAAAAAUUGUUUGAGGUAAAUCUUAAAACUGGAAUUCUCUUUGUGGCUAAGAGAAUAGACAGAGAAGAGCUGUGCUCAGAACAGCUCAAAUGCCAGCUCAGUCUGGAAGCUGUGAUAAAUAACCCUUUGAAGCUAUAUCGGAUUGAACUACAAAUUGUAGAUGUAAACGACAACGCGCCUUUAUUUUCAUCCAAACAGCAACAUUUAUAUAUAGCAGAGAGUACUUUACCCGGAGUGAAGUUCGCGUUGUCUGAAGCAGCUGAUGCUGAUGUAGGGAAGAAUGGCGUCAAUACAUACAAAUUAAGUCAGAACCAACAUUUUUCUUUGGCCGUGCACAAAGCAGGCGGCAGUGUGUCUGCAGAGUUAGUGCUGCAGAGAGCGCUGGAUAGAGAGAGGCAGCCGGUCAUAACCCUGACACUAACGGCAGUGGACGGGGGAACUCCUGCAAAAACUGGGACCUCACAGCUCGUUAUUAACGUCUUAGAUAAUAAUGACAAUAUUCCAAUUUUCAGUGACUCCCUGUAUAAAACAAAAGUUUACGAAAACACGCCUUUGGGCACUACCGUAAUUGUUGUGAACGCGACGGACGCAGAUGAGGGAUCAAACGGUGACGUCAUGUAUUCACUAAGAAGCAGGGAUCAGGAUCACAUACUGGAUGCGUUUGAAAUCGAAAUCGAAACAGGUGUCAUUAAAAUCAAAGGCAACAUAGACUUUGAGGAGAGAAAGGCGUUUGAGAUCCGCGUGGAAGCCAGCGACAAAGGCCAGCCCCCCAUGUCUGCCCACUGCAAGGUGCUGGUGGAAGUCGUGGACGUAAAUGACAAUCCUCCUACAGUCACGGUGACGUCACUACAUGCCACAGUAAGAGAGGACGCAGCAGCGGGCACCGUGGUUGCGCUCGUGUCGGUUCUUGAUGAAGAUGGUGGAGAAAACGGUGACGUUGAGGUCCACGUUAAAGGCGAAGUCCCGUUCAAACUCGAAACAAACUACAAAAACCAUUACUCGUUGUCGGUUAAUGGACAGCUGGACAGGGAGACCGUGUCGUUUUAUAACGUCACUAUUGUCGCGCAUGAUAAAGGGAGUCCGCCUCUUUCCAGCACAAGUGUCCUGCCUAUACGAAUUUCUGAUGUAAAUGAUAACGCACCACUUUUUCAAAAUUCUAUAAUAGAUAUUUAUGUUAAAGAGAACAGUGCAGUGGGGGCAGUUCUUAAAACCGUAACUGCAUAUGACACUGACACUGAGGAAAAUGGGCAGAUUAAAUACUCUUUAAUACAAAUCGAUCAUAAAAAUCCAUCUCAAGUUAACAUCAACUCAGACACGGGAGAAAUCAUUUCUAUAAAGUCUUUUGAUUAUGAGAAGUUGAAAACAUUCCAGUUCAAAGUCCAGGCCACAGACUCUGGAGUUCCUCCGCUCAGCAGCAACGUGACUGUGAACGUUUUUGUUCUGGAUGAAAAUGACAACAGUCCCUCCAUUCUUGCUCCUUACUCUGAGCACGGCUCCGUGAACAGUGAGAAUAUCCCAUAUUCUGCUGAAGCGGGAUACUUUGUGGCAAAGAUCAGGGCUGUGGACCCAGACUCUGGAUACAAUGCGCUGCUUUCUUAUCACCUGUCUGAGGCCAAAGGAAACAACCUGUUCAGGAUUGGAACCAGCAGCGGGGAGAUCAGGACUAAGAGGAGAAUGAGCGACAAUGACCUGAAAAGUCACCCCUUGCUGGUGCUGGUUUCUGAUAACGGAGAACCUUCUCUGUCAGCUACUGUGUCUAUUGAGGUGGUGGUGCUGGAAAGCACCGCUGACAUGCAGACUCCGUUCAGACACGUACCUCAAAAGGAGGACAGCUUCUCGGAUUUGAACCUGUACCUGCUGAUCGCCAUAGUGUCGGUGUCCGUCAUCUUUCUGCUGAGUCUCAUCAGUCUGAUGGCUGUCAGAUGCCACAGGACAGACGGAAGUUUCAGCAGGUACAGUGCUCCAAUGAUCACCACCCACCCUGACGGGAGCUGGUCUUACUCAAAAGCUACUCAGCAGUACGACGUGUGUUUCAGUUCAGACACACUCAAGAGUGACAUGGUGGUUUUCCCCGCACCGUUUCCUCCUGUAGAUGCAGAACUGAUCAGUAUAAACGGAGCAGACACUUUUACCAGAACUCAGACUUUACCCAACUCAGAGAAGGUAAGAACAUAUAUUUUAUAA